AUGGACGAAACGGAAACCCGUGAGAAGAAGCUGUCGUCGCAGGAAAAAGAGGAAGACCGGCAAGUGCGCUCAAUGAAGCCUGUGCAAAGCGAAUUAAUGGAACGCCAGAGCGGAAUGCACGUGAUAAGUGAAAGUCUGGAUGUGCAAGCCGAGCAGAAGAAGAAAUAUGAAAUGAGUCGAGAGCUGAUUAAGCAGAAGCUGGAACUGCAGCGCCAACUGCUACGCCAAACACGAGCGCUAGAAGCACAACUUAAAGCGAAUUGGUACUCUUCCACCAUGGCUAAGGUGCGGGCUCAAUUCAAGCAAUCUGAACAGGAAAAGCAAACAGCAAUACAUGAACGUUAA